AUGUUUGAACAAAGACUGGUGUCUUCUUCGUUGCGUUCAAGGCUGCGAAUUGAGGAGGAGGUGCUUGUCACUCACCUGCCAGUCAAAUACCUUCUUCUCCGCCUCACUCUCUUUUUCAGCUCAUAUCUGUUGAAUCUCAGCAUUCUUAAGAUUAGAUUGGAAAUUGCAGAAAAAUGGCCGUGUAAAGUUGCUUCUGCUCCUGGAAAGGUUUUGAUGACUGGGGGUUACCUUAUUUUGGAGAGGCCCUAUGCUGGGAUUGUACUUAGCACAAAUGCUCGAUUCUAUGCAAUUGUGAGACCACUUUACGAAGAAGUUAAACCCGAAAGCUGUGAUUGGGCAUGGACAGAUGUGAAAUUAAUUUCUCCCCAGAUGUCAAGAGAAACUAUGUACAAAAUGUCACUACCAUGUUUAGCACUUCAAUGUGUCUCUUCGAGUGAAUCAAGGAACCCCUUUGUAGAAUAUGCUGUGCAGUAUGCUGUAGCAGCCGCACAUGCAACAUUUGACGGUAAUAAGAAGGAUGCGUUACAGAAACUACUUUUGCAAGGUCUUGAUAUAACAAUCUUAGGCUGCAAUGACUUCUAUUCAUACCGCAACCAGAUUGAAGCACGUGGACUCCCUUUGACACCAGAAUCGUUGGCUUCCCUUCCACCUUUUACUUCAAUUACUUUCAAUGCAGAAAAAUCUGGUGGAAAGAAUUGCAAGCCUGAAGUUGCAAAAACUGGAUUGGGAUCAUCUGCUGCUAUGACAACUGCAGUGGUAGCUGCUUUGCUGCAUUAUCUUGGAGUUGUUAACCUCUCCUGCUUGACUAAAGAUCAACAACUAGAAAAGAAGGAUACCGGGGAUCUGGAUGUGGUGCACGUGAUAGCUCAAACCGCCCACUGUAUUGCACAGGGAAAAGUUGGCAGCGGCUUUGAUGUCAGUUCUGCAGUUUAUGGAAGUCAACGUUAUGUCCGGUUUUCACCUGAAGUGCUUUCUUCUUCUCAGGGUGCAGUUAAAGACACACCACUUGAAGAAAUCAUUGCUGACGUCCUAAAAGGCAAGUGGGACCAUGAGCAGACUAAGUUCUCUUUACCUCCAUUGAUGAAUCUUUUACUAGGAGAACCGGGAACUGGAGGAUCGUCAACACCCUCAAUGGUAGGUGCUGUCAAGAAGUGGCAGAAAUCUGAUCCUGAGAAGUCUCUAAACACAUGGAGAAAGUUGUCAGAAGCGAAUUCAGCGCUUGAAAUGCAACUCAAUAUUUUAAGUAAAUUGGCAGAACAACAUUGGGAUGCAUAUGGAUCUGUCAUUAACAGCUGCAGCACACUUAGGUCCGAAAAGUGGAUGGAGCAAGCCAAUAAACCAAACAAAGCAGUAGUUGUUGAAGCAUUGUUAGGAGCAAGAGAUGCCAUGCUUGGGAUCAGGUGUCACAUGCGACAAAUGGGGGAGGCAGCAGGCAUCCCAAUAGAACCUGAAUCACAAACUCGGCUCUUGGAUGCUACUAUGAAUAUGGAAGGUGUUUUGUUGGCUGGGGUUCCUGGGGCAGGUGGCUUUGAUGCAAUUUUUGCUGUCACCUUGGGGGAUUCAAGCAGCAAUGUGACCAAAGCAUGGAGUUCGUUCAAUGUUCUGGCCUUGCUAGUGAGAGAAGAUCCUCAUGGUGUUUCUAUAGAAAGUGGUGAUCCACGAACAAGGGAGAUCACAUCGGCUGUUUCUUCCAUUCAGAUUGAAUAAGCUGAUAUCUGUACGAAUAUUUGAUGUAUUAAAAUGACUAUCUUAAGUUCAGUUAGCAUGUGUAAUCUGCUCGGGUUAAAACUAGGUUUUAGAAACCUGUUUCAUUUGUGAAGGUAAAAGGUUUUUUUGCCAGACAAUAAAAGUCAGAAAACAAAUGGUGUAAUUUGUUGAACAUUGUACAUUACCAAGUCAAUCCUUUAACUCUCUUUUGAUUCCCUAUUCAACUCUUAUGGUG